AUGAAGAGAAGCAACUUUGUCGUCCCCGGUGAUGGUACGAGUAAUACUAAGAUGAAUUCGACGACGAUAAAAUGGGACAAAGAAAAAGUCUCAUCUUUGACCAACAAACAACUCCAAAUGGAAAAGUGCGAAGAGAUGAUGAAACAUUUGAGAAAGAACAACAACGCGUGUUUCACGUGCGCAGGGCCGGGAUCUUUAGCCCCACAAUACGCGUGCGUGACAUUUUCAACCUUCAUAUGCACGAGAUGCGCGGGCAUCUAUCGCGAGUUUGGGUUUCGAGUGAAAAGCGUGAGCGCGAGCACGUUUACGCCGGAAGAGGUAAACGUGUUCGUUUGCAACGGUGGGAACGAAACGGCGAGACGAAGAUAUUUCGCGAAAGGUAAGUACGACGAGAAUAAGUAUCCGAAACCGGAAAGCAGCGAGACGAAUAAGAUAAAAGGGUUCGUGAAAGCAGCUUUGGUGGAUAAGAUUUGGAUGAGUGAUGGUGUUGAUGAAGGUGGAAAAGGAGGGGAUGAUGGGUCGACGACGACGCCCGCGCCGCCGGAUGCGAAACCAAAGUUGUUUAGAGAGAAAUCGCCGGAUUUAUUCGGCGGUUUGUUUGAAGAUGAAAAUACUGAGAAAAAGCAACAAGAACAACACCAAGAAGAACAAAAAGGGAAUAGCUCGGCGAACUGGAGCUCCUUCGCGUCGCCGCCGUCGUUUCCAACCCCUGGGAAUGAGACUGUUUUUAACGCGUUGGAACAAAUCAACAAUCCUACGAAAUCUCCGACGAAGAAAAUUACCUCCUCGCUCUUCGACGCCGCGGAGCAGGUACAAACCGGUGGAUCUGGUUUUAGCCAAGGGUUCGCGUUGAAACCACCGCCGAGAGUGGCAAAUGCGGUGUCUUUUCAACAACAGCAGCAGCAACAACAACAACAACAACAACAACAACAAGAAAACGGUACGACGGUUGGAGAAAGCGUGGGCGUGGGCAGCGGGCGUGCAAUGUUGGACGACGAUUUUUGGUCCCAACCAGCGAUACCAACUGCUGCAGCAGCGCCGGUGAUUAGUAUGCCUGCAAUGCCUGGCAUGCCGCAAAUUUCUGGAUUAGGCAUUUCAUCGCAGCAGCAAAGCGCGCCUCCUCCUCCUCCUCCUCAGCAACCACUACCAGAAACACAACAGGCGGACCCGUUCGCUAUGUUUGGCGGCAUGACUGGCGUGUCGGCGCCUCCAAAACAGCCAGCUGCACAACCUCUAAUGCCAGCUAUGCCAACUAUGCCAAAUAUGCCGGCGAUGCCAAACAUGCCAAACAUGCCGGCAAUGCCAAACAUGCCGGCGAUGCCCAGCACAAUGCAAAAGACUUCUCCAAGACCUUCUCAAAAUUCAGCGGCGUAUAAUCCGUUCGCGUAA